GGAGAUAAUGAGGACAGAGAGAGACAUGAUAAACUCCUCCAUGAUGGAGGGGGUCUGGAUGUGGCUGGGAUAUCACAUACAUUACACACAUUAUCUGAUAUAAUAAGAGGGGUAAAUGUAGACUUCCCUAUACAGGAAGCUGAAGACAUAUUACUGGAUGUAAACACAGCUCAUAAUUAUCUACAUAUAUCAGAUGACAGGAAAACUGUAUCCUGGUCAGAUAGGUACGAAAAUCGUCCCAAAACACCAGAGAGAUUUCAGUUUUAUUCUCAGGUGUUGAGCAGUCGGAGUUUCUCCUCAGGGAGACAUUACUGGGGAGUGGAUGUCGGGGGAUCAGAUCAAUGGAUAGUCGGGAUAUGUUACCCCAGUAUAGACAGGGAAGGAUGGCUGUCAGGGUUCGGGUGGAAUAACAAGUCCUGGGGUUUGUACAGAAAAGUUCAUCAGUAUUCACUGAUACAUGACAGUAAUACGAUCAUCUUACUCACCGAUAUCUCCAGUAACAGAGUGGGGAUAUAUCUGGAUUAUGAGGCCGGGAGGAUCACCUUUUAUGAUCUGUGUGACCCGAUCCGACACCUCCGCACCUUCACCACCACCUUCACUGAGCCCCUCCAAGCUGGGAUAUGUGUAGUGGGAGGUUUUAUAAAGAUACGUGGAUGGAAUUGAAAGGUGUAAGAACUUCACCUAGAGACUGAUGAUGUCACAGGGAGGACGGAUGGUAUUGGUGUACUAUUGAGCCAGUAGAAUAAAGCAGUGGGUGUGACUUCAGCUGGUGUUCUUUUCCACUAUAAAAAAAUAAUAGGAUAAAAUUUCUUCUUUCACUGGGUGGAGUGUGGUCACUGGGAUGGGAUAGGAUGUGGUCACCUCUUCUCUCUUUCCUUCCUCCAAUUUUAUGCACUCUAUGCUAAGAAGUCUUUAUACUUUCAGUCAAAGAGUGGAUGGAGUAUUAGAACCCCAGAUUUUUAUAUGUCUGUGUUUUGUUCCUGUCUGGUUAAAUGUUGUCAACAGGACAGGAAGUGUCUACUGACAAUGGGAAAAUGCUGAACAGCCGCAGUCCCGCUAUCACAGUUUUUAAUUGAGGGUGCAGAAGUUUGUUUACAGCAUAAUUAUUUUACUUUACUGGAUCAAUUCUACCUCCAACUACAAGGCACAGCUAUGGGGGUGAACUUUACACCAUGCUAUGCCAAAAUUGCAAUGGGCUACUGGGAGGAGCGACACAUUUGAAGCCACAACCCCGUUGCCAGGUACAUAGUAUACUAUGGCAGGUACAUCGAUCAUUUACUUCUCAUCUGGAGCGUGGAUGUGUAACAGUUCUCCUCCUUUGUAGUUUGUUGCAAUGACAACCAACUGGGAUUAAAAUGUAUGCAUGUUGUGGAUCCAGAUAGGUUGGCCUUCUUGCACCUUGAGUUGACCCAUGAGCAUGAUAGGAUAAUUUCAAGCAAUCACUGUAAACUGACAGGUGGCAACUCUAAGGGCCCCUUUCACACUGGGCGCGGGAGGUGCGCUUACAGUAUAGCGGUGCUAUUUUUAGCGCCACUAUACCGUUGUUUUUGCCAUGAUAUUCGGCCGCUAGCGGUGUGGUUUUAACCCCCGCUA